CCUUCUCCUUUUUUAUAUUAAUCUCUUCCAUCUCUCAACACCAAAGCUUUUUUCUUUCCACACACAACAACAACAACAACAACAACUUCUUCAUUGUUCUUCUAUAUAUCUUAUGGCAUCUUCUGGUGGCAGUUUAGACACUUCUGCAAGCUCUUUCAAUAACUUCACUUUCUCAACACACCCUUUCAUGACCACAUCUUUUUCUGAUCUUUUAGCUUCUCCUAUUAGUGAAGACAAGCCUCGUGGUGGCUUGUCAGAUCGUAUAGCUGAGAGAACUGGUUCUGGGGUGCCAAAGUUUAAGUCUACACCUCCUCCUUCUUUGCCUCUCUCACCUCCUACCAUUUUUUCUCCUUCUUCUUACUUUGCUAUUCCUCCUGGUUUGAGCCCUGCUGAGCUUCUUGACUCUCCUGUUCUUCUUAACUCUUCCAACAUUUUGCCAUCUCCAACAACUGGAGCCUUUGCUGCUCAGAGCUUCAAUUGGAAGAGCAGUUCUGGGGGAAACCAGCAAGUUGUCAAAGAAGAAGACAAAAGCUUCUCAAAUUUCUCUUUUCAAACCCAACAAGCACCUCCUCCUGCUACAACAUCCACAGCAACAUAUCAAUCUUCAAAUGUUGCAUCACAAACACAGCAACAACAGCCAUGGAGUUAUCAAGAAGCCACAAAACAAGAUAGCAUGAUGAUGAAAACUGAAAACUCUUCUUCAAUGCAGAGUUUUUCCCCUGAGAUUGCUAGUGUCCAAACAAACCACAACAAUGGUUUUCAAUCAGAUUACAACAAUUACCAACCACAACAACAACAACUGCAACCUCAGACCUUAAACAGAAGGUCAGAUGAUGGGUACAAUUGGAGGAAAUAUGGACAAAAACAAGUGAAAGGAAGUGAGAAUCCAAGAAGUUACUAUAAAUGUACAUACCCCAAUUGCCCUACAAAGAAGAAGGUUGAGAGGUCUUUAGAUGGACAAAUUACUGAGAUAGUUUACAAGGGUACUCAUAACCAUCCUAAGCCUCAAGCUACUAGGAGAAACUCAUCAUCUUCCUCUUCUCUUCCUAUUCCUCAUUCAAAUCAUAUCAGCAAUGAUAUCCAGGAUCAAUCAUAUGCCACCCAUGGCAGUGGACAAAUGGAUUCGGUUGCAACCCCGGAGAACUCAUCAAUAUCAAUAGGGGAUGAUGAUUUUGAGCAGAGUUCUCAAAAGUGUAGAUCAGGAGGAGAUGAAUUGGAUGAAGAUGAACCUGAUUCUAAAAGAUGGAAAGUUGAAGGUGAAAAUGAGGGUAUAUCAGCCCCUGGAAGUAGAACAGUGAGAGAACCCAGAGUUGUGGUUCAGACCACCAGUGACAUUGAUAUCCUAGAUGAUGGUUACAGAUGGAGGAAAUAUGGGCAGAAAGUUGUAAAGGGAAAUCCAAAUCCAAGGAGUUACUAUAAAUGCACACACCCAGGAUGUCCAGUGAGGAAGCAUGUGGAGAGAGCUUCACAUGAUCUAAGAGCUGUGAUCACAACAUAUGAAGGAAAACACAACCAUGAUGUCCCUGCGGCUCGCGGAAGUGGAAACCACUCUGUCACUAGACCCUUACCAAACAACACUGCAAAUGCUAUAAGGCCCUCAUCAGUGACCCACCAGCACCACCACAACACUAACAACAACUCUCUUCAGAGUCUAAGACCGCAACAAGCACCUGAUCAAGUGCAAUCAUCUCCAUUCACCCUUGAGAUGCUGCAGCAGAACCAAGGAGGCUUUGGAUUCUCAUCAGGGUUUGGAAACUCAAUGGGGUCUUACAACAUGAAUAACCAGCAACAACAACAACUACCUGACAAUGUUUUUUCCUCCAGAGCCAAGGAGGAGCCUAGAGAUGACACUUUCUUUGAUUCUUUGCUAUGCUGAUUUUUUUCCCAUUAGUAAUGGAAGGUUGAAGGGGAGCCUUGUUGCAACAGUAGGAUUCAAAUCCUGGAAACAGUCUCUUGUGUGAAAAACAAGAUAAGAAUGCGUACAUUAGACCAUCUAGUUGGACUGUUCUACGGACCCGCACAUAGUGGGAGCUUUAAAACAGUGCCUUUUUGUUCCAUUAGUAUGGAAGGUUGGAAAUCUUAGAAAAGGGGGUUUUAGAAACUUAGACAAAUAAAGUUCAUUCGAUUUAUUGCAUUUUUUAUUUUUGGUUUGUUUUGUUGUAAAUGUAUACGGGCAAAGGAUUGGUAAAGUAUAUAUCUCAUUAUAUGCUACACUACACAUGUUGUUUGUGCAAUUUUUUCA